AUGUAUAGAGGGUUUCAGCAUCUUCUCUACUCGAUGGCAAUGGAGAUUUAUGUGGCUCCUUCUGUCGUCUUUCUCGUCGUUCUUGAUGGUGGUUGUUGUUGGGCGGUGGCUGUUAUUGGUGUGGGAUCUCGUGGUGACGACCGGCGGAUCUAUGCUCAUGUUAAGCCUCUAGUGUGGCUCCAUCAGCAGCUCCCGUUUCUGUUUUUGGCUUAUUGCAGGAAUGGCGGUCAGAGGUCAGAGGCGGCUUCUCUGGCAGCUCGAAGAGGCUCCCGUGCCGCCGGAUUAGAGUUUUGCGUUGAAGUGGUUCGUUUUUGUGCUAGUCCUCAGAGAAGCUGUAGAUGCUGCUAA